UCUGAAAUCAGCAACAACCAUGAGCGAAGCAGCGAGCACUGAUCAACAGGACACACCGGCGCCUUCCAAAGAGUCAAAAGAAUCUCUUGAUGUCAACAAGGUACACUCAGCAAAUAGUUGGGAAAAGGUGGAACUAGGAGAUGAUGAUCGUAAGAAGAAAUUCCUGAGACUAAUGGGAGCAGCUAAGACACAACACCAGGGCAGAUUUGUUAUUGGAGAUCAAGAUAAAUCUCAUGGAAGAUCAUUAACUGAUACAGAGACCAUGACAAGUAAUCUAGAGAAGCAGUUCACAGGUGGUUUGGAACAUAAGUUUGCAGCAGGACCAAGAGGGCAUGUAGGACUUGGAUUUCAUGGUGGUGAUUCCAAGGUGAAAGAUUCUACAGAAAAGUCAGAAGACAAAGUUGAAACAAAGGAUUCUUCUGAGGAAAAAGGAAGACCAGAUGUGAAAAAUGACAUUGCUCCAAAACACAAACUGGAUGAAAGCUCCAAAAAUGCUGAUAAUGAUAAACCACCAGUUAAAAUGAUGAAAUUUGUCAAAUCUAGUUCCUGAAAGUACCAGAUUUGAAAAUUUUGAAAAUUAAAUUUGUAGCAGCAUUUAAAACUUACAAUAAUGACUUGUUCAGUGGAAAAGGUUAUAUGACAUUAUAGGAUCAAGAUCAUGACUAAAUUGAUUUUUCCUCUCAACAUUUUAUUACAUACCCAAUUUCAUCUGCCUUGACAAACGACAGCCAUCACUGUUUUUCUGAAGUGAUUUGAUUAUCAACCAGGAAUGCAAUCAUUGUGAUCUCAUGCUUUAAGACCAGUACAGUACAAGAUUAAGAAUGUAUGUGUAAAUAUUGAUACCCAAAUACUACGAGAUAAAGUUUUCACUGUUUAAUCAAAUUCAGAGAAUUUUACACCUAUCAUUUCAUUCAGAAAUAGCAUAACUUUAUGAUCAUCAUUGUCAUUAUCCUAUUGGUGUUCAUAUUUUAUAAGAUGUGAAUUGUAUUCAUUUGUUUUGUUAGUAUUAAUAAAAUACUGUUUGUGUCUG